AUGGCGCUACCAGAAGAGGCCCUUGAGAGGGAAGGCGCCUCGCCAGUCUCGCCGAGCAAAGCGGAGAGGACAGAGGGCGAUGCGUCCCCGACGUCCCCAGCGUCUCCAAGCUUGGCCCCGGCGCAGUCGCCCUUCCAGGAGCGAAAGUCGCAGCGGGAGACCAAAAUCAAGGCCAAGGGCCCGGUGAAGCCGGUGAAGGAGUGCGUCCCGCCCCGGGCGCACCUGAAACUGCCGGAGCACGUGAGGCAGCGCUGGCUGCAGCGCCUCAAGGCCUCAGGCAGAAGUCAGCAGUUGCCGGCGCGGUGGUACGGCGCCCAGCUGCUGGACCUCUGCGCCGCGGGCGCGCAGCCUGCGGCCCUGCAGCUCAGCCGCCUGCAGGAGCAUCAGCAGACGUGGCCUGGGAUGUGGCAGGACGGGCUGCGGCUGUCGGCGCUGUUGGUCCAGGUGAGCGAGAUGCUCUUCCAGGCCUGCCAAGUUGCAGAACACGCCUCCGCCGCGCUGCUCAAAGGAUUGGAAGGCGACGCGCCCUCCGCCCCUUUCGCGCCUUCCCCGCCCCCCGCCACGCCGCCGCCGGCCCGGCGGCGCAGCGACGCCCUGGCGCCGUCGCCGCCGCCAGCCUCGCGGCGCUCCUCCGCGGAGCUCGAGGAGUCGAACGCGGCGCUCGGCGUGGCCGCGCCGACGGCGGUGCUGCGGGCGGCGCGGCGGCGCUGCUUUCGCGCCAACCUGGCGGAGCCGGCGCCGCCCGCAUGCCUCCCCUGCAGAACUUUCCAGGAGGCCACGACGAUGGCGCAGGCCGCCUUGGCCCAACUGCAGGGCUCUGGCGGCGCGCUCGCAGCAGCGCUGAGGAUGCAACCUGUAGCAUUGCAAGAGCUACAGCCUGCCUUCGGAGAGCAGACGCUCUGGGAGGACUUGGGCUGCCUGGUGCCUUUCCUGGACCUCACCUUGUCGAAGCUCCGGGCGCUGGCGGCCUUGGUGCAGCGCAUGGAGCGGGACGUCCAACUGCUGCCGCAGGAGCCGCAACGCUCUGAGAGCUAUGUGGACCACAGCCACUCGAUGUUCUCGUUGCCCAUGGAAAGCCCUUCCGACGUGGCGCUUGGCCCCGAGCAGGCCCUGGACGAGGAGGGCCCGCGAAGCUUCGCCAGCGACGAGGACCGGGAUCGCAGGGACUCGGCGGGCUCCGAGGACGCGAUGCAACACGCAGAGGAGCGGUUCAAGCAGAAGGUCAUCGACGACGGUGGCCGGGAGCAGUUGAACUGGGAGUUGGGGUGGAAGCCGCUCGAACUUGAGCCCCAGAUCCUGAUCCUGACGGAGACGAUGGUGACGGAUGUGAUGGAGAAGGAAGCGAGAGACCGUCAAGGGCAGGUCAAGGACGCCGACAACCGGGCGAACAUGGAGCUUGAGAGCGGUUUGAUGAGCACAUGGACCUGCCCCAAGACGUGGAGAUCGGACGGCUACCAGACCAUCGUGAAGAUAUUGGAGGAUGCCCGCGAGUACUUGAAGGACCAAGGCCUGGAACAGGCAUUCGACAAGACGAUCUUCCGAGGACGACGAGAACGAGGCCAACCACUCACGGGUUUCCUGACGGCAACUUCGCUCAAGUCUGGGCGAGAGCCAAAACCUUCUGGGUUUUUGAUGGACUACGACGGCCUAGGCGACUAUGGCCCGAUGGACGAUGAGCCCGACACGGAGGUAGUUGAAGAAGUUUUCGCUCACCUCAUCUUCUACGAGCACUACGAGGAUGAGGAGCCCAAGGUGGUCUUUAUGGAAGAGCCCUGGAGGAAGGUGGAUAUCGACUGUAAGGAGGACACCGAGGUGGCGCCAGCGCCUAGCUGA